CGCGGCGGCGGAGACGCGCGAAGGUCCGCUCUUGCGUGGGCGAGAAUUUCCGGCGGAAAAACGCGCUCUGGCACCGAGGGCACUCGCUUUUUUUAGGAGCGCUAUCGCGUUAAUGGGAUUUAUCGGCGCCACCUGUCGGAAGCGGAUUUUCGAGACGUCACGAGAUAGCGAGGCGCAGUCGAGGUGGUAGUUGCGUCAGAGCUUCCUGGGAUGUACGCAACGAUUACGCCGCUUUCGCAACGCGAAAGAGCGCGGAUAGAUGCGGCAAGACCGACCAAUAACUCGCGAAUAUGUGCCAGAGUCGAGUGCCGCCGCGAUGGCCCGUCUUUGUCCGGGCCGCCAGCAACAGAUUGCGAUUGCGGAAGUCGGUCUUUCCAUUCCGCUUUAUUCUCGCCGCGCGGCAUUGACACAUUUCUUCCUGGUUAUAUUUCACCGCGUCGGCAAAGCAAAGGUCUUCCACCCGUUUCGGUUCCCACACUUCUUCGGCGAAGGCCGCGGGCUCGACUGACAAAUAUGAAACUGGUUCCGGGCCCUCUGCCGCCUAUACCGACAACCAGCUCGAUGGACCGUCUGGCCUUGCCUUUGCCCUUCAGCCCCGACUCCCUCCUCUGGCGCUACCCGUUGGGGUUCGCCACCAUAGGCCAGCAGCCCCCUUCGUCCCCGCUGCUCGACUACAAGAGCCAGCUGCCCUCCACGCUCGCCUCGGACCCCAGAGUGUGGUCCCGGGACGACGUCGUCACCUUCCUGAGGUGGGCCGAGCGCGAGUUCGACCUCCAGCCCAUCGACAUGGACAUGUUCCAGAUGAACGGCAAAGCCAUCUGCCUGCUCACGCGCCAGGACCUGUCCGAGCGCGCCCCCGGCUCCGGCGACGUCCUCUACAACGUGCUCCAGAUCCUCGUCCGAGAGGCCAACAACCUGCAGCGAAUGUUGCCGUCCAGCCCUGUCACCCCCACGUCGCGCCACCCGUACCCCCUUUCGCCCCACUCGCAUCCGCCCACCCCCAACUGGAACAUCCUCGCUCAGAACUCUGAUCCUUUCCAUCCUUCACAUGCUGCUUCUCUCGCGGCGCACUUGAUGGCCCAGAGUAACUCGGUCACGUUGAGUCCCGCGCCCUCCGUGGACAGUCAAGCGGGGAGUCCCCAGCACGCCGACAACGCGCAGACGUUCGGCCAUUCCAUAUUCAGCGCGGGGGGUAGUAACGGGAGCGGAAGCAACCCAUCAGACUCGGACGAAGACGGCUUCGAGAAGAACGGGCAGAGCGGCAGCCCCCCGAAUACUCCUAGUGCGUACUCGUUGCCGCCCCCGCUGCCGCACAUAGCCCCCAGAAGCCCGAAGGAAGUGGCGAAUAGUCCCUACAAGGCCGUGGGAAGGGAGUUCUUCCCGAACGAAUCUCCAGAGCCCAAUACGAAUGGGCGUUUGCUGUGGGACUUCCUCCAGCAGCUCCUCAACGACCCCGCGCAGCGCUACACCAACUACAUAGCGUGGAAGAACCGCGACACUGGCGUUUUCAAGAUCGUGGAUCCAGCAGGACUGGCGAAGCUGUGGGGUAUUCAAAAGAAUCAUCUUUCCAUGAAUUACGAUAAAAUGUCUCGUGCCUUACGAUACUACUACAGGGUGAACAUUUUACGUAAAGUGCAAGGGGAAAGACACUGCUACCAGUUUCUGCGCAACCCCACUGAACUGAAGAACAUCAAAAACAUCUCGUUGUUGCGUCAGAUGUCGCCCACGAACCUCAAGCCUCCGGCGCAGAUGAUGCCCAACGUGACCAUCAAGCCCGAGCCCGUGGAGGCCGAGGGGGAAGCGAAUAGGAGCGGCGACUACGACGAGAAGCCCACAGAUUUGAGUAUAACGAUGGAAGGUCCGACGGAUUUGAGUAGUAGUAGCAGACACGUGAACAUCAUCUGCUCGCCGGACCCCCCGAUUCCGCCGCAACAUCACUAGCGACAGUGGUAGUGCUUGAACUUACGUGCAUUAUUAGUGACUACAUUGGUGCCAAUAUUUAUGAGACUUGUGCAAAUAGUGAUUAUAAAGAUGUGUAUAUAGUUAAUUUUUUAAAGAUUUAUUAAGAAUGUCGGUCUUAAAACGGGAGUUUUAGGGAUCGAUUUUUAUAAUCGCAUGUGCCAAAAUAAAUAAAUUAUUUUUUCAUUCGGUCACGAGGGAAAGUUAGUGACUGCCGAAGGCAGCUUUUUUGGGUGAUCCUCAAACAAUGACAAUAAUUAAAUUAAUGUACAAAGAGAUGGACUGGAAGUAAAUUUUCAUUUUCGGUUUGUACAACCACAUUCCAAUUUGUGGCAUUUGCCUGAUUUUUUUGUUUUUUUUUUAAGGAAAUUUUCUUCUGGGUUUGAACUGGUCCAGUUCUGUUUCUGUGAUCUCUUAAUGUUUGACUCAAUUCUUUUGUGUGAUUUAAAAAGAAUGUAGGAUGCUUAUGUAUAUUCAGAUUCUGUACAUAUUUUUACUGCAUAUUCAAAGAGUUAGGUUUAAGUUUGUAAGGGUGGAUAACCUUAAUGGCUUUAUUUUUAAAAUGUGAAUCGAAUUUUGUGUCAAUUGGUAUAUUGUUCCCAUGUUGAUUAGUUCUGUAUAUAUGAUUUAUGUAGAAACCUGAAUGCAAUUUCUGUCUUAAUAUGUUUUGUAUGAGAAUUUAUUGUUAACGAACAUAUGACAAGUUUGAAAUAUACCUUUACAACAACGCAA